GGCCAGCGGCGCGGCGGGCGCGGAGGAUGCACGCGGGGGUCCUGGGCCUCUCCGCCCUGCUGCUGGCGGCCGAGCAGAGCGCGCGCCUCUGCACCGUGGUUUACUACUUCACCACAGGCCGGCUCCUCUGGGGGUGGCUGGCCCUCUCUGUGCUACUGCCUGGCUUCUUGGUCCAGGGCCUGAGCUACCUUUGGUUCCGAGAAGAUGGACAUCAGAGUCACUGCUCGUUGGUGGUGCUACACCUCCUCCAGCUGGGCGUGUGGAAGCGGCACUGGGACGCCGUGGCCCGUGUUCUCCGGAGGGAAGGGGAGGCCUCCCCCUGGGGCCAGCUGCGGAUGCAGGAGGCCGACCUGUCGGCCCUGCGCCUCCUGGAAGCCCUGCUGCAGGUCGGGCCCCACCUGCUGCUUCAAACAUACGUCUUUCUCGCCUCGGACUUCACUGGUAUCGUGCCGGGGAUGAGUGCUCUGUGCUCCUGGUCUAUGCUGUCCUGGGCCCUGGUGUGCUAUGCUCGUGCCAUGGGCUCCAUGAAGCCGGGUCAGCUCUCCAUGCCGUGGACGGCCCUCGGCUGCCAGCUGCUCUGGAGGAUGGGCAUGGUGGGAGCCCGCGUUCUGAGUCUGGUUCUGUUCUUCCAAGUUUACCGCGUCUGGGUUCUGGUUGUUGCAGGUGCCCACUGGCUGGUGAUGACAUUCUGGCUCGUGGCUCAGCAGAGUGACAUCGUGGACAGCACCUGCCACUGGAGGCUGUUCAACCUGCUCAUGGGUGCCACGUACAUCCUCUGCUACCUCAACGUCUGGGACAGCCCUUCCCGAAGCCGGAUGGCCACGUUCUACACGGUUAUGCUGCUUGAGAACACCAUCCUCGUGCUGCUGGCCACGGAUUUUCUCCAGGGAGCGUCGUGGACCAGCCUGUGGGCUGUAGCCGGAGCUUUGUCUGGAUUUCUGAUCGGCAGUGUCUCGCUGGUCAUUUAUUACAGCCUGCUACAUCCUAAAUCCACAGACAUCUGGCAGGGCUUUGUAAGGAAGUCCUGUGGCAUUGCAGGGGGUGAUAAAGCAGAGGGAGACUCUCCUCCCCGGGCCUCAGGUCCAGCCGGGGAGGGGCCGGAGAGCCUGGGGACCUGCCAAGAGGAAAGUGAUGUGCUAACAAGCCUGGGGAAGCCCCCCAGCCCACAGUGGGGUCCCCCAGAGGCUGGGAUGGAAAUCCAGAUGGCUGGGGAGGCCUCUUUCCUCCGCCAUCACCACUGGCUGUUGGUGAAGCUUGCCCUGAAAACGGGAAAUGUGUCGAAGAUCAACGCACUCUUUGGAGAAGACAAUCCUGGCUUCUUUUGUUCCCCUCCAUGGGGAUUGAGUCAACACUGCAACCAGGAGAGGAAGCUCCCAUCCUCCCAGCAAGAGCCCCCAUCGUCACCCCACAACUCCCUAACCUCAGAGGAAGGCUCUGAGCUUCGAGUGGUCCCCAGAGCAGAGGCUGACGAAACUUCAAAUUACGUCUCUUUUGCCAGCGAUAAUCAUGACAAAACUCCUGCCCAGAAGCCGUCAGCUAUGCAGCAGGAGGGCAGCCCAAAGGAAGGAGACGGGGCUGCUUCUGGGGUGCAGGGGAAGGGUGCAGGUGGGUGGCUGGGUGGAGGGGAAGGGCAGGAGAGCUCCACACUCUACUUCAGUGCCACCACUGAAGGGGCCAUGUCCUCACACCAAGAAGGUGGGAGGACAACUCUGACGAUGUCCCUCUCUGGGAGGAGAUUGGGGGAGGGCAGCCCUGCCCGGCCUGCCUCACCUCUGCCGGCCACCAAGCCCUUUCCCGCCACCAUGGCCAACAUCAGCCCGAUCUUAGGCACUGGCCCAGGUAGAAGCUUCCAUCCUAGUGGCAGAGCCCUGGGUGGCUCAGGGGAUGGGGAGCAGCAGGAGUCCACGAGGGACCGGGACCAUCCUGCCACUGCUGGCACGCAGACGUCAUGGCCGAAGGUGAGCCCAAGGCCCGCUGUUGAGCCCUGCCUCACGUCCACCCCCAAGUCUGAGUCCACCCACAGGGACAGCAGCUGGAGGGAAAGGCUGAAGACUGAGACAAGCUUCUUCAUCUGACCAUAGUCACUGUGGGAUAAAGCAACAGGCCAGCGGAUCAAGCUGGUCAUCGGUGUCAGGAUAGGAGGAAUCCCACUUCUGACACCUACACCCUUGCAUACAUCACAUCCCCUCUGGACCUCUGUCCACACAGCUAGAGAAUGAGAGAACCAGAUUAGAUUAGAUAAGAUCCCCUGCAAACACCACAUGCCACACACAUAUAUGUAGGAGUCAUUCUCUAACACAGUGUAGAAGGUGGUAGAGAUAAGCCUUCCAAUCAAAAUUGACUGCUUCCAUUUACAGACUCUAUGAUCCUUUUUUUGUCCCCCACUGUGGUUCCUAGGAAACUCAAAGGUAAAACCCAGAGUCCUAUUUUGUUCUGGUUUUCAUGAUACAGCUAGUUCCUGAUACUGGUUAUUAAUCAAGUUUUUUAAAAUGUAUUUUAACUGCGUUAUUUUAUGAAAUUCCGUGGUAAACUUCUGGACAUCUCAGACCUCUGCCCAGUGGAAGGAGAGUCAGAGAAAAACCAGAGCUGGACAGAGUUAAAGUGGUGAAAACAGAUUUUAUUCAGGAGCUAUUGCAAUAGAGAAAGAGACCUCAGUAUAAAACCAGCACAACUCUGAACUCAUUGUGGACAAGUGGGGGUUUAUAGCCAAGGAGCAGGUGGAACUCAGUGGAUGGAAAUUACUAAGAGGAAGCAGCGGGGUAAAGGGGGAUUCUGGCUAAACUGACCUAACAGAUUCUUGCUGAAGGCAGGCCAGGGAGGUCAGACAUCACCUGCAGGAUGGAAAGCGGUGAGGAACCUGAUCAGAUAUGGAAGAUAAUCAGAUAUUGAGGGUGAGGGUUUCUGGUUAAAAUGGACUUAACAGGAUUCCUGCUAAAAUUGGACAAUGCAGGGAGGAAUGUGGAAGUGGACUUGGUUGAAAAGUUCAAGGGAGGCUGAGCAGGGUUUGGUCAAGGAGAGAAUCUGUCAGGAGGACGUGGAGAACAGCCUCGGUGGCUCUGACCAGGGCAGGAGAAGAGCCUUGUCUGACCAGGACGUCUGGCCUUUCCCCUCCACGCCAAAGGCUCACCAGGAACUGCAUGCUCACUGCAACCUUGAGAAAAUAGUUAUUGGAUGGAGCAUUUACAUUACUCCUCCUCGUCUGAAUCUCCAUGGCCGGGACCCUCGGAGCACAAGUGUGACAUUUGGAGAUGGCAGUGCCAGUGACCACCGGGAACCCACUGAACUUGAACCAGUUGGGUUUAUGACAUCACAGCGAGGGAGAAUGCACCCACGGGGCGUCUCAGGACGAGGCUGUGAGGAAGGACCGAGGAUGGGGACAGUGGGGGGUGAAUUUGGAGAGGACCUCCGGAAGCCGGGGCUCGCUCUGGAUUGGGUGCAAUUUUGUGACUGGGCAUCACAAUCAUUCUCACCUGCAGAGAGGGCAGACCAGAGUGAGAAGGAAGCCCUAUUUGGUAACAGCAGCCAUUGCCCCUUUGGGUAGAAGGGGGUGUGGGAUGCGAGGUGACCUUGCUUUUAUCUCUAUCACCGUUUCCACGUGGCCUCUUCUGAGGCUGAUAUUCUGCGAGAGCCUCUGUGUCCAACAGAACGCGUGGCCUGGCUGGGAGCAUCAGAUGAGUUCCCAGAUGCCAGAGGCUGCUCUUUUCUCCCUCAGAAUAUUAGUAGUAGCUGAAUAGCUGUUUGUUAGGCUAAGUGUCAUUAUGUUAGAUCUAUCCUAUUGAUGUUACUGCUUCAGUAAGUGGCCUUCACCCAGAACUUCAAAAGUGUCUGCUGCCCCCAUGGUACUUACUCUAAGGGCGUUUAUCUUAUAUUUGCUGUCACACCUGCUUUUCUUAAUUUCUUUUACGGCUACCUCGCUCCCUUCUUCUCCCAUGAAGCUACGUAGGAAGCAACAAAAGGACUCCUAGUAUCCUUCAGUGCUACAGACUGUCCGCACGUCCCCUCCCGGCCACUGACACAAAAGAGGGAAAGCCGGCUAGCCAGAACCUGCAGGAAAUUAGGGUUGGUCUCCAUGAAUGUUUCUAUGAUGAUUUUUCACUCCUUGCGGCAGCCUAUUUUCUUCAGCUGUUUGCCUGGUGAGGCCUGGCUGACGGACACCCACAGCAAACACUCAGUAGACACGCGUAAGUGGAAUUGCAAUUCUAGAUUUUUCUGAAUGACUAGGGAUUUUACCUCUCAUAAGCAAAGCACCUUAAUAACCAUUUGGGGAGUGGGUCUUUGUAAAACAGUGGCACAUGCCUGCCUUUUUAGCAGGGGUCUCUGCGGUCUCAGAACCUGAGUGCCUCUGUGUCCCGCUCACAGGGGGAUUGACAGUCUGGCAAGGGGGCUGUUGGCAGCAUUGUGGGUGGAGUUCCAGGAACCAAGGAGGGGUUGCAGAGCGCCCCAGCUUGCUGUUGCUGCCCCUCAGGUCUGCCCACCAGAUCCAGGGGGGACCCAUAGCCACAGUGGGCUCCUGGGUCUGCUGUGCUGUGGGUGAGGACCAAUGCCAACCCGCACUGACCGGGCAGGAGGAGGCCAAAGGGACGAAGGCCCCGUCCCCACUCUCCACUGGCACUGCCAGGGCCGGACCCGCCGGGCAGGCAGAGGACUCAGACUCUCCGUGCAGUCUCUAAAAGUGGGCGCCCCUAGCCCGGCAGUGAGGGAGGCCAGCCUUGGGGGGGGACCGACCAUAACCACCCGAUUCCCCACAGCAGUGCCCUCAGCUUCUUUCACAAGCUGUAGAGCACCUGCCUCUAAACCCAGCACCCCCGAGCUGUGACGUGGCCAUUUUAAAUGUGCGUCUGCUUUUCGCUGUUUUCCUCACUCCUCGUGCAAAAGGAAAAUAAAACAAUUUAUUUUUAUAUGCCUAGUUUACUUAGAUUCUGGAUUGCUGGUUAAUAUCUUUCUAUGGCCUUUGCAGGCACAGUGACAAAGUUCAUUGCAAGUUCUUCUGUUAAUAAGUAGAAAAAGGAAGAGAAAAAUGUGGAACUGUGUACGGUGAUGGGUGGUAUCAUUGUGAUCAUCUUGCAAUAUGUACAAAUAGCGAAUCAUUAUGUUGUACACCUGAAAC